AUGAUCAGUCAGCUGAGUGAUGUGACCUCUCCUUCCAACCCUUCAGGAAAUUCUGCUUCUUCUGCAUUUGUUCAUUCAGGUAUAAGGGCUUCUGCCAAUCAUGCUACCACUUCAGGUGAUGACAAUGAUGAGAUUACGAAUCUCAAGGGCCUACUACAAUCUGAGUUCAAAGUUAAGGAUCUUGGAAAACUUCAGUCAGCACAACCAUUGCAGGAUAUUGGAUGGUUGAAAUCUGUAACAAACUUGCCAAUUCUCAUUAAGGGGGUGAUCACAGCAGAAGAUGCUAUAAAAGCUGUGGAAGUAGGAGUUGAUGGGAUCAUUGUAUCUAACCAUGGAGCACGCCAGCUUGACUAUGUACCAGCCACCAUCUUUGCUCUAGAAGAGGUGGUUAAAUCUGUUGGGAAUAAAGUUCCUGUUCUCUUUGAUGGAGGAAUACGCCGUGGAACAGAUGUUUUCAAAGCUAUUGCUCUCGGUGCCCAAGCUGUUCUUGUGGGGAGGCCUGUGCUCUAUGGGCUAGCAGUCAAGGGAGAACAUGGUAUAAGACGUGUCAUAGAAAUGCUGCGGGAUGAGCUUGAGCUGACCAUGGCCCUGUCUGGGUGCUGUUCUACCAAGGAAAUUACUCGGAGCCACAUACAGACACAGCAUGAAAGAUUGAAGUCAUUGCUAUAACAUUGGUGAUAGGAUGAAUUUACCAAAAACAUUAGUAAUAGGGGGAGAAUAUAUCCAGGUCAUUUGCUUGUUUCACCACAGAGUGUCUGAGCUUAUUGGAAAGAAAAUAAUCCAUUUGCUCAGAUCCGCCAUCAGAUCAACAUUUUUGUGUUGCUUAAUUGACUAGAUUACUAGAUUUCUGUUCUUGAAUUCUUGAAUGAAACUGGAAUAUAUUGAUUUUGUAUUGUGAGGAGCUUAUUGAAAAGAGAUUGGGCUCAAAUGGAAGACUUAUUGUAACCACUCAUUCUGCUCUCUUUCAACUCCACAAUACUUAAUGUCCAGGAUGUAUAAUAGAACAAAUGGUGAUUGCUAUCUGAUCAGUGUCAUUUAAUUUA